AUGUCGCAAGACCAGGGCAUCUUUUCUGUGCGCCGCCCUCGCGAGACCCUCGGCCCAAUCAAUCACAAUGUAUCCGCAAUUCCUAUGCCUGCCUCGGCCAUGAAGCGCCAGAGUUCCUUCGGUCUCGGCCAGAUGCAAUCCGCCUCGCAUGCCCGCUCGACGUCUGGUUCUCGCAUGUCUCUGGCACCGGGAUUUCCUAGGCAGCCUGACUUCCACCGCGCAUCUUCUGGCACCAACCUCGCUGAUCUUGGCCUCUCGACCGUCAAACGUCCCUCGACUCAAAACAUGUUCAACAGUACCGGAGGCAGAAAGAGCUAUGCGCCAGUCAGUAGCACUCCGGCUCCUGCUCUUCAGCUAGGCGACACUUCUCAACGCCGCAGCAGCGUAUACAGUGCUCGGCCCUCGGCUGCUUUUGGCGGUCCCAUGGGUCAUCAAUCAUUCUUUGCGACUGCGCCUCCGUCCAAUCAGCCUCCUCAGGAUCCUCGCAGAUUACGCGAUCCAACCACUCGUAACCAGAUGGGUACCGAGCUUAUGGAGUUCCUCACCCAGCGAAACUUCGAGAUGGAAAUGAAGCACACCUUGACACACAAGACCAUGACUUCGCCGACCCANAAAGAUUUCAACAUGAUGUUCCAGUUCCUCUACCAUUGCAUCGAUCCUGCAUACCGCUUCCAAAAGAACAUCGACCAGGAAGUGCCCCCGCUGCUCAAGCAGCUCCGUUACCCUUACGAGAGAAAUAUCACAAAAUCACAACUUGCCGCUGUGGGAGGCAACAACUGGUUUACUUUCCUUGGUAUGCUCCACUGGAUGAUGCAACUCGCAAAGAUGAUGGAGCACUUCAGCAUUGGUACUUACGACGAGGCUUGCAUCGAGUCCGGCCACGACGUUUCGGCCGAUCGCAUUACCUUCGAGUUCUUGAGUGAUGCUUACCGUACCUGGUUGUCGGUCGACGAUGACGACGACGAGGAUGACGAAGAAGCUAUUCAAAGGCUGAUUCAACCACAUGUCGAUGCGAUGGCGGCCAAAUUUGAGGCUUCCAACCAACAAAAUCUCGAACAGGUCAAGGCUCUAGAAGUGGAGAGCAAGCAGCUUCAGGAGCAGAUUGACGAACUCGGCAAGACUGCUCCUCGUCUGGCAAAACUCGAUGAGCAAAACAAGAUUCUCGAGGAAGACAGAGUCAAAUUCGAGAAUUACAACAACAGCAUCGACAAGAAGGUUGAGAAGUACGAAGAUCGUCUGCGCAUGCUGGAGAGUGAAAUGCAGCGUCUUGAUCAGGAACUUGCAGAUGCAGAGCAAGAACGCAACAGUUUGCAAGAAAUGGUCGAUCGACAAGGCAUCACCGUGCAGGAUAUCGACCGCAUGACAGCUGAACGCAAACGACUCCAAACCGGUGUUGAAAGUACAAAUUUGCGACUGGAAGAGACUCGUGAUGCAGUCGCCAAGAAAGAAGCAGAAGCAGCUCAAAGGCUUGAAGAGCUUGAGGCUGUGGUUUCCAGGUACAAUCGCAUGGCAUACGAGAUUGGAGUCAUCCCUCCGGAGGCACCAAAUGCUCGCGGUCAAGAGUACGAGUUGAUUCUCACCACUAAUGAGGGCCCUGCGUUCGGAUCAUCUCAGAUGGGCGAGCAACCACAAGAUUCUGAUCGCCUACUAGCCGAGACGGGUACUGGAUACCAACCGCGUCACUUAUUGAAUCUUGAUGUUCGAGGUAGCCUAAAGAGUGACAUGAACAACCUCCGNAAAAAGAUUAGCGAACGCAGGAACAAAGCUCUUGAGGAUGACAUGAACAACCAAGAUCUGCUUGACAAGAUCAAGGAGGCCAUUGGAGACAAGAAAGCCGAGACUGAGACCUUGGAACAUCGCGUACGCGCUGCGGAAGACGAGUUUGAGAAGACGAAGGAGGUCAGUCACGGUGCAAGCAGAAGGAUGCGAGUAUUUUUACUAACAGGUGACAGNAUCACAAACUCGCAGAAGAUGGCUUCUGAUGCACAAAUCGAGAAGAUGGAAAAGGAGCUUGCCAGGAUGCGUACUGAAUACACAGAAUCAGUUCAGUCGAUGGAACAACGCGAGAUGACGACCAAUCUUGAGUAUGAGCAGUUCAAACUGGCAUGUUCGGCACUUCGUGAAGAGCUUCACACAAAGCUUGAACACACGCUAAACGACGUUAUCAAGUUCAAGGUUCACAUCCAGAGCAGUCUUGAGGCCCAAGAAGAGCUCGUGGCUCAAGAGGUGGAAAGAGAAUGCGAGGAGCAGGAAAGAGAAGAGAUGGGUGCCGACGAUGAGAAGUACGGCGUGGAUCUCGAAUCAAAGGUGGAAGAUAUGGACCUCGACGAGUAG